UUUCCAAUAUAGCCCUUCUGGUUCCAUAGGCUUUUUCUGGCUACCCAGACGAGGCGGGCGGCGCCGCAGCCGUCCACCCCCGCGGACCCCAAGCCCAGGAAGGAAGCUUCUCGAAUCUUCUCGAAGCUCCCUGAUCCUUCCUCCUCCCCCAAAACCCUAGAUCCCUAACCCCAUUCGGCCACCACCACCGCCACCAUCUCCCCCAUGGACCAUCCAUGGCGGUUCCCCGCCGGCGACGAGCUCUGCCCGGUCUGCGCCGCGCCGCACUUCCCCUUCUGCCCGCCUCCGCCCCACCCCUUCCCCUACGAUCUCCACCCGCCUCCGCCCCCUCCUCCGCCGGAGUACCACGCCCCCUUCCACCCUCCUCCUCCUCCUCCUCCCCCGCCGGAGUAUCACGUCCCCUUCCACCCUCCGCCGCCGAUGUGGGCCCCCCCGGGGCCGCACCCCUACGAGGUCCUCGACAUGGAGGCCCCCCACAAGCGGAUGCGCGUGGGCGAUCCGUACGGCGACGGGAUGCCUCCCCCGCUGCCCCCGCCGCCGCCGCCGGGGAUGGUUCCCGUGGAGGGCGACCGGCUGCUCGGCUUGAUCCGGGAUCACGGCCGCCCUCCGUUUCCGCCGCCGCCUGGGAUGUUGCACGGCGAACCGUACCCACCUCCUGAUCGGUUCGGCUAUGGAGGAGGGAGAGGCUAUCCUCCUCCUCCAAAUUAUGACAAUCCCUAUGCGCAUGAAGGCAGUUUUCCCGAUUACGAGCACGCCGGGAGGUUUCCACCUGCGCAUGAAAGGCUUGCCGCCUUAGGUUCAAGUUUUGUGCCUGGAGGACCUCAGGAGGGGUAUUUCAACCAUGAUCACCGCUACAAUCGCUUCCAACGCUCGGAAUCGCCUGUUGCGCCGCCGCUCCCUCCACCGGCUCGAUACCCUGAGGCGAGAAGCCGUUAUGAUUCCCACGGUUGGCAUCCUGAGGCGGAUGUUCCACCACCACCACCACCACUGGAGCCUCCUGUACCGUCUUCCUCAGAUUACCAUGCCAAGCCACCUUUGCAGGCUGUGAAAUCAUCUUUGUUUCCUAUUCAUUCCGGUUCUCCAGCCGCAACUGCGCGCCCACCUAGUUCUCAUACUUUGCAUCAAGCUCACCUGAUGCCUAAUGCAAAUCGUUACAAUGGACCUAUCCACAAUGAGGUACCAGGUUUGGCAUAUCAACCACACUUAGAGCAACAUUUAGGAGGUGGAAGGCAAACCCAAGCUCAGCAUUCCAUCAACAAUGCUAAAAUCAGUGUAAUUAGUGCCUGUGACUUGUUCAAGCAGCCACUUCGUGGGUCACGGCCUGAUCAUAUUGUUAUCAUCCUCCGUGGGCUGCCAGGUAGUGGAAAGAGCUAUCUUGCAAAGGCAUUGCGUGACCUUGAAGUUGAGAAUGGUGGAAAUGCACCUAGAAUUCAUUCGAUGGAUGACUAUUUCAUGAUUGAGGUUGAGAAGAAAGUUGAAGACAAUGAAGGGUCAAAAUCUUCUAGUACAUCCAAAGGAAGAAAGCAGCUGACCAAGAAAGUGAUCGAGUACUGUUAUGAGCCUGAGAUGGAGGAGACGUACAGAUCAAGCAUGUUGAACGCAUUUAAGAAGACCCUUGAUGAAGGGAAUUUUACAUUUGUGAUUGUGGAUGACCGCAAUCUGCGGGUAGCUGAUUUUGCUCAAUUUUGGGCAAGUGCGAAGAAAUCAGGCUAUGAAGUGUACCUGCUGGAGGCACCAUACAAGGAUCCAACAGGCUGUGCUGCUAGGAAUGUGCAUGGGUUUACAGUAGAUGAUGUGAACAAGAUGGCAGCAGACUGGGAAGAGGCUCCACCACUAUAUCUUCGACUAGACAUCCAUUCAUUAUUCAACGAUGACAAUCUACGCGAGCAUUCCAUUCAAGAGGUGGAUAUGGAGACAGAAGACACUGAUGGGGCCAGUAACACAGCAACUAGUACUGAAGCUGAAAACACACAGAAGGCUGUGUCUGAAUCACUAGAUAAUGGACAUGAUCAAGACAUCUCAGGAGCAGGGAAGAAGUGGGACUCGUCAGAAGAAGACGACCUGGAUGGCUACAAAGAGCUAGGACAGAGUAAAUGGUCAAAAGAUUUUGAUGAGGAUACCGAGAAGUCUGACCAUGCAGAAGGAAGUACGCAUGCUCUUUCUGGAUUGGCUCAAACCUACAGCACGCAUCGAAAAACAGUUACCUGGGGAGAUCGGCUAGAAAAGGGUGGUUUUUCUAUUGGUGCAGCUAAAAGAAGACUCACUUCUUCAUUAAUCAUAGGACCCGGAUCAGGGUACAAUUUGGUUUCCAACCCCUUGGCUGAAGAUAAUUCCAAGCAGGCAAAGGGGGUAAUCAACACCGAUACAAAGAAGCGAUUCAGCGAACAACUUCGUGACGAAGGUGAAUCCUUCAGGGCAGUUUUCGAUAAGAGGAGGCAGCGCGUCGGAGUUUUUGGCAACGGAGAUGGCGAGUGAUCCUCGACAAGAAGCCUCCAAUGGCCUCUCUCGAUGGUCAGGAUACUCUAGGCAUGGUUUGGCCAUCAGUUUUGCUUCGGAAUCAGUUUUGCUUCGUUGCAAUUCUGCGGCUCGGAAUGUACUGCUGCUGCCUGGCUCCUUUUUCCCAAUUUCCCCAUUCACACAGUUCACGGAGAGCCCUUGUUCCGGCCUUGUGCCUUGUCCAUGUGUACCCCUUUGGUCACAAACAGAAGGUAACGGGGAAUGCAGAUUUGUGGCACUGUUGUAUCUGUAAGCUGUCCCAAUACCCAGAGGCUGCUAGUUAAAAAGCGCCCCCAUAGAAUGUAGCACUAUCAGAAAUGCUCAAUUCUUGUUAUUUAAUAUAGAGGUUUUCCAGAGUAGUACUAUAUUUGUAGUAGUGUUCUUAUCAUGUAGUCUUUACUUAUUAUGACUGCAGCCUGAUGUCUAUAAAUACAAGGCACAUGGUAGGAAGAGCCAUAUAUACCUGUCUGAAAUUUCAGUACUGUUGAUUUUCAGUUUGAGUAUAAAGUGUACCAUUCAAUACUCUAUAUAUGUGUGUCUAAACAUUUGAUGUGAUGGGUGAAAAGUUAUUGUUUUGGGAACUAAACAGGGCCUUAGGCAAUAAAGUGUACCAUUUCAAACA